AUGAGAACAAGUUUUGGUCCCCAUCAAAAAAAAUCCCUUCUUGAUAUUGAAGAGGAGGAUUAGAAUUAAUUUAGAGACUACCCAUACAGGUGGUUUCUAGUAUUUCUGUUUUGUUUGCCAAAUAUGAUGAAUGGAAUAGGUUGGAUCACUUUUAGUCCUAUUUCGACUCAAGUAGAGUAGGCUUAUGAUCAAUCUUAAUUUGUAAUUACCAUGACUUCUAUGUCCUACAUGUUUUUCUACGUUCUCAUAACUUUUCCAUCUAAUUUCUUGCUUUCUAAGAGCUUAAAAUAUGGAAUUUGGCUAGGAUCUGUUUUAACAAUUUUAGGAGGAUGGGUGAGAAUAUUCAUUAAUAAUAGCUUCUGGUGGGCUAUAUUUGGUUAAAUUUUGGGAGCUAUUGGAUAACCUUUUAUUCUGAAUGCACCAUCUAAAAUUGCUGCUGUUUGGUUCAAACCUAAAGAACGCCCAAUCGCAACUGCAAUAUUAGCUUUAAUUAAUACAAUCGGUGUUGGUAUUGGAUUCUUAUUUCCAAGUUUUUUUGUUGAUGAUUCAUAUUCUGAUCAGACUAGGGAUCAAGUUUACUAACUAAUGUUAUGGUAAGCUGUUACAAUGACUAUUGCUAUAGUUCCUUGCAUCAUCUUUUUCAAAGAAAAGCCUCCUACUCCUCCAAGUCAUGCAGCAGAAGCAGAAAAAAUGAGUUUCAAAGAGUCUUUUGUUGUCAUAUUUUAAAAUAAAGAUUUUAUUAAACUAUUCUUUGCUUUUGGGUGCGUGCUUGGAAAUUUUAACUCAAUUGCAACUUUAAUUAAUUUCUAUUUGGAAUAAUUUGGCUUCUCGAGUGAUUAAACUAGUUAUUUUGGAGCUAUGUUUAUUGUGUCUGGUUUAAUUGGAUCUGGAAUUCUUAGUGUUGUUGUGGAGAGGACAAGUGCAUAUAAAAAAGUAAUGACAAUAACAUGUCUAAUCUCGAUUUUUACUUAUGGUUUGUAAAUGGGUAUGCUAGUUUUAGAAAAUUUUUGGUUAUUAAUGAUAGCUAUAUUUUUGAUGGGAUUUUUUACAACUCCUUUGAUUCCAAUUAGCAUGGAUUUUGCAUGCGAAAUCACUUUCCCUAUAUCUGAGCCUUUCAGCUCUGGUUUGGUAUUAGCCUCUGGUCAAUUAUUUGGAUCAAUUUUAGUAACACUUAUUGCAAAAAAUACAUUUUUUAUGUUAUAUAAAAUAAUUUAUUUUAAAAGAUUAUUUUAGGUACUCAGGCUAUUUAACUUAAUACAAAAGAUGAAGUGCUUAUUUCUAAUGGAGUAGGUUUAGGAUUGCUUAUUGUUGGGUUCAUUUUUUAUAUGUUUUUAAACGAAGAUUUAAAACGUAAAGAAGAGGAAUUGA